UGUUGAUUGGUGAAGAAGAAGUUGAAGUUGUUUAUAGUCAUUGUGUUUUUAGAAUAUGUUUUAAAUAAUUUCUUUCACUAUUUAUUGUUUAUUUUUCUGGAAAUACGAAAACCAUUGUCCGCCAUCCUACGUCGCACCACCGGUCAUAGACAUUAUGCAAUUUGUCGUCACAGUUGCUAAACCCAUCGUAUAACCUCUCGAAUCAUAACCUAUAUAAUAUAACCUCGUAUAUGUCAAUGGACUAUCACUGAAAAUAGAAAAUACCACACGUUAUAUUUACACAUUGAAUCGCAUUAUGAAGUAAUUAAUCGUCAGAGUAUGGAUGUUUCCGGCGAUUUGACUCUUCAAUGGGUUGAAGAGGUAGGAAAUGUUAUUCACGAAGAAGUAAUAUGUGGAUUAGAAGCUGAUCUUGCCCAAGAAGGUGAAGUUAUUGGAGCUUGUGAAGAAGUAUGUGUUGAAGAAACUGUUCAAACUUCACCUGAUACCAAUUCUUCAUCUCAUAAUCUUCCUCCGGAUACUGAAAUAUUAAUGGUACCACAAUCAAGUGACAUGGAAUCAAUUUAUAUCGUUCCACAAGAUCAAGGACAUGACUAUCUUAAUAUUCAAGUUACAGAGGAAGUAAUUAGUGAUAAUUGGGAUCGAUCAGGUCCAGAUGAUGGCGUUGAAAUUCCAGAAACAAAAGUGUCACAUGACAAUUUAUUGGAAUAUGAUGAUAUGGAAAUACCUUUACCAAUUGAUCAAGAUUCCUACACUAAUACACGACCAUAUCCCUGUGAUUUUUGUAGUCGAAGAUUUCGAAAAAAAGCUAAUCUUAUGAAUCACAUGGUUGCUCAUCAAACUGAUCGACCACAUGGUUGCAAUCUUUGUGGCGCCCGUUAUGUUCGAAAAUGUGACUUAAUGAAUCACUUGAAAAUACAUGCUUAUGCUCCGUCACGGGAUGGUCUAGAAGAAGAAUUAAAUGAUGAAGACUCUAUGGUUCCCGAUGAAGAAGAAACUGUAAAGGGUCGUCGUAAAAAAGCUCAGCUUUCAACAUCAGCAAGGAAACGUAAAAAUAAUACAACCGGAAUGAUGAAACGAAAUAUUAAUCUUGAUGGUUUAACUAAAUUAGAUGGUAACAAAUUUAGUUCAAAAUCUUAUGAAUAUGUAGUCGAAGACAUGCGUUUAUUAGAAGAUGAUACAGAACAGGAAUCAGAUGUACGGGGUGAGAGUAUUGCUUCAAGUUCAAGAUGGAAUGAUUCAAUGAUUACAGAAUCUCAUGCUCCACGAUGGCCAAUUACUGAUCCUACAAAACCUUAUGUAUGUCAAUAUUGUGGAGUUGGUUUUGCUCGAGAAAAAGCUUUAGCUUCACACGCGCGAAUUCAUGGAGGUGACAGUCCACUAGAAUGUACAAAUUGUGGUGACAUGUUUUGGGAUGCAAAUGUUCUUCGUGAACAUGUACGAACGAAACAUGGAAUUAUUUCAUCUGAUGGAAUAAAUGUAGAGUAUGAAACCAAUGAAUCCUUUACCAGUGAUGAUAGAGUUGGUGAAUUUUAUUGCGAUACAUGUGGUGUUCCAUUUCAUCGAAUGGAUCUUCUUAAACGUCAUCGAAAAAUUCACAUCAAACAAGAAACUGAUGAAUCAAUAGAAGAAUCAAGUCAUCAUCAUGUUUGCAAUGUUUGUGGUGAGUGGUUUGAAGAAGCUCUUGCUCUUCUUGCACACGCUGAGUUACAUGCUCGAUCACCCACUAGACGAUGUUUAUUGUGUGGAGAAAGGUGUAGAGAUGAUGCCGAAGUUGCUGAACAUGUUCGUCAAAAUCAUGCUGAAGAUGCACCUCCUAAUACCUGCACGCUUUGUGGUAAAACGUGUAAAGAUAAGCGAAGUUUAUUAAAACAUUCAUGGGUUCAUAAUGUUGAUAAGACCUUUGGUUGUACUAAAUGUGGAAAACGUUUUCAUAGUAAAGCAAGACUGCGACGACAUAUGGUAUCACAUCGUAAUAAAAUGGUUGCUUGUGAUGAAUGUGGCGAAGAAUUUCCUGAUGGUCGUGCUCUUGUUAGUCAUCGUCAUUCACAUAAUAAAGAAUUGGGUGGAAGAACUUUUCCUUGUCGAGAAUGUGGUAAAACGUUUGGUAGUCGCAGUUCACAGCAAAUUCAUAUACGCAUUCACACUGGCGAAAGGCCGUAUGGUUGUCGAUUUUGUUGGAAAGCUUUUGCCGAUGGUGGUACUUUAAGAAAGCACGAAAGAAUACAUACCGGAGAAAAACCAUACGGAUGUGCUAUAUGUCCUCGAGCUUUCAACCAACGAGUAGUACUAAGAGAACAUGUACGUGCUCAUCAUUCAGGUCCUGAUCCAAAAUGUCAUGGAAGUUUAACUCCGUACCUUUGUAAAGUAUGUGGUGAUUCAUUCGCUACAUCUGAAGAAAUCGUUUUACAUAUAGUUCAACAUUGCGAUGACAAUACAGCAUUACGUCGACAACCUCAAGUGGGACCAAGAAAAUAUAAACGAAGGCGUAAAAUUAAAGCUCAUGAAUCAUCAAUACCAGUUCUUGUUUCACAAUCGAAUGAAAAUUUUAAUAGUAUAGAAGGUUCAGAGUCUGAUGAUAAUACAAAAAGAAAACUUGGUAAAAGAAAUAAACAAAAUCGCUCGAAUGUUGAAGAAGGAUAUCAAAAUGUAUUGAAAAGUUUCGAAAGUUCAUUGCAAAAUAUUAAUUCAAUAGUAAAUUCCAAAGCUUUAAGUACAGCUAAAUCAAAAAUUUCCAAGAAAAAGAUAAAAAAAGAAGAGAAAAAGACUCCAGAAACGCCACCUCAAGCUCCUCCUGGUCGGCCGAAGAUGAUUCAUACUCAAAAAACUCGUGUUCCUGUAGAGUUAGGUAGUGAUGGUGUCAAAAAAGGACAAAAAACAAAAACUAUGGUUACAAGAACACCUAAAGUAAUACCUGGCGAACCAAAGCUUGGAAUAUUUCCAGGAGGCGAAAGAAAUCGUCCAAGAACUAAAAAUGUGAGUUAUCAUGUCGAAGGUAAAUUUCAAGUAACUCCGGCGACUUUUCCACGAGCAAAAGGUUCAUCAGAAAUCGCACCAUUAACUCAAUCAUUUUCCGAUGUAAAAAUUAAAACGGAAUAUAAUGUAGUGGCGAGCAAAUCAAGUAAUUAUGAUAGUCAAAAUGGUAAUAUUGAAAAUACGAAAAUUCAUGAUGAUAAGAAAAAAUCUCCUGUUAAAGGAAGAACUUUAAGACGAACAAAGAUGAAUAUUAAACAAGAACCAGAAGAGAUAUUAACAAACGAAGUAGUGCAAAAUAACGAAAAUGAAGAGCCAGAAACAUCAAAUAUUUUUAAUCAACCUGAAAUUGAUGGUAACAAUAUGGAAGUUGCAUUUGAAGCGCAUGUUAUUGCAGAUGAAGUAACAGAAAACGAAAGUAUUCUCCCUGAUUUAGAUAACGUAAAUCAUACAGAAGAAGUGUCGAAUAGUAAUAAAAUGAAAUUGAGUGUUAAAGUAGAGUCAACAUUACAACAUGAACAUCUUCUUCAAAAUGUAUCGCAAGAUAUACCAGAAACUAUCAUACCUGAUGCUGUCGAGUAUACGUGUGAAAUGUGCUCAGCUGUAUUUGCAACUCGUGCAGAGCUUUUAAUCCAUGUACCCAUACAUAUUUGAUUUUAUUCAGUUAUGGUAUGUUAAAUCUUGAUAUAUACCAAGCAAUGUGUUAACGUAAUUUCAUCGAUACAAGGUUUGUUUUUUUUCUUUUAUUAGUAAUGUAAUAUUCCUACAUUGUAAAAGACACUUAUGGAAUUCACAUUUGAAAAAAAAAAAAACUUGAAAAUUUGUUAUUUUAUAAGAAAUUCCUUAAUGUUAAAUAUUUUUUUCGUUAUUAAAAGUUUGAA